AUGGAAAUGGGAGUAGAGGACAUGGCUUUUAGUAGAUAUUAUUUCAGUACACCAAAUGAGUACAGCAAUGAAACUCUUAGGAGAAUGAUCUUGGAGAAUAGAAUUGUUCCUAAAAAUAAUUGGUUUAGCGCAAGAGAUGGGUUAGAAAGGGUGAGAAAAGGUUUCUUCGCUUUUCAUAUUCAAACAGGAAAAGCAUUUUCUUUGCUUAGAUAUUCUUUUACUGAGAAAGAGAAAUGUAAAAUUAGAACUACUCCUACGAUUCUGCAUAGUACUGAAGUUUCCCUGGUAGUACCCAAAAGUUCUGUUUAUACAGAAAUAUUUCUAGUUGGCAGGAUGUUGCUAAAGCGUUGGAUAAUUUUUAUAACUGUAUAUUUAAAGUUUUCUUUUGAGAAAGAAAACUAUUCCGAGGUGAUUAAUCUCGUAACUGAUUUCGUGAAGGUACAAAAUUGUCCCACCAAAAUAAUCGCUUGUGUAUGUUGGAGAAAAGAUGUCCGGUUGAACUUGUGGAAAGCGCUUUCGAGAAAUUAUAUAUUUGGUCAAAUCAGGAGAGUUGGCAGACCACUCUAUUAUCCAUCUAGUGAAGAGCACCAAAUGUUCCUCUUAGACGCAAGAUGCGAAGGUUCCGAAAGUAUGUUGCGUCAAGCUCAAGAAUUAAAUUUGUUCAACCAACCAUUCAGGUGGCUAAUCUUGGGAACUGGCAGCGAUCUAAUUUUCGGCAACGUUUAUUUUGGCGUCGAUAGUAGAGUUUAUGUAAUAGAAGACGAUGACCUUGGCUACAGAAUUAAUUCUGUUUACAAGUAUGCGGAAAAUGCUAGAGAGUUGGUAAUUAAUUUAGUUGGAGUUUGGACAAAUUCGCAAGGAUUUUCACACUUCAAUGAUAUUUCCGCCCCACAGAACCGAACGAACUUGAUGGGAACCUUUCUUAAGGUUUCUUAUGUAAUAACUAAUCCUGAGUCACAGAAUCAUCUUUGGGAUUACAGACAUACACAUAUAGAUGGUAUUUCAAAACUAAACUAUAUAUUAGUGCAUCAUUUGUUGGAAUUUACCAACGCUACAUCCGAAAAAAUCUUCAGAGAUACCUGGGGAUACAAAAAUGCUACCACUUCUUUAUAUUCGGGUAUGAUAGGAGAUUUACAGAUUGGCAAUGCUGAACUAGGAGGUACCCCAGCCUUCUUCACAAUUGACAGGAUCGAUAUAAUCGACUACAUCGCAGUCACAGCUCCAACUUUCAUGAAAUUCAUCUUCAAAGCUCCUCCUCUCACCUACGUUACCAACGUUUUCACUCUCCCAUUUGAUACUUACGUUUGGUACUGCAGCUUCGCCUUGAUAGCAGCGAUUUUAGCAGUGGUCUAUGUGAUAGUGGUCUGGGAAUGGAGGGACCCGGUCUUCAAGAAUAAAGGUAUCACUGUAUACUCUUUACGACCGAACAUCUUCGACGUGUUCCUCAUGGAAGUUGGAGCCAUCACUCAACAAGGAUCUGACGCGGAACCAAGAAGUAACGCCGGAAGGAUUGCCACUAUCUUCACAUUCAUAGCUUUGAUGUUUAUGUAUACUUCCUAUUCCGCGAACAUCGUGGCCCUGUUGCAAUCUACCACUGAAAGUAUUCGGACUCUGGAGGACUUGCUAGCUUCCAGGAUAUCUCUUGGAGUGGAAGAUAUAAUCUACGCGCAUUACUAUUUUGAGAAUGCACAGGAGCCCACCAGAAAAGCCAUUUACGAGCAGAAAAUAGCUCCCAAGGGCCAAAAACCUAAUUUUAUGACAGCUAGAGAGGGGAUAGAGAAGGUACAACAGGGGUUUUUCGCAUUUCACAUAGAGUUGUCCACUGGUUAUAAGAUAAUCAACGAAAUAUUUCAAGAGAGCGAAAAAUGCACUUUGAAAGAGAUAGUGUACAUAAACUUGAUAGAACCUUGGCUGGCUGUGAAGAAGAAUUCGAGUUACAAGGAGAUUUUUAAAGUGGGUCUUGAAAAGAUUCACGAAUCUGGAAUUCAAAGCAGGGAGAUCAGUCGUAUCUAUACAAAAAAACCAAAAUGUCAUGGUACUGGUGGCAAUUUUGGUAGCGCUGGUUUAAUAGACUGCUACGCAGCCUUCUUGAUAUUUGGCAUUGGAGUGGGUUGUAGCGUUAUUUUGAUGAUACUUGAGAUAUUAAUGAAAACGUACAAACAGAACAGUCCCAGUAACAUCAUUGAAGAAAUUAAAGAUGAUCAGAAGUUCAUUUAAAAGAUGCUGUUUAUGGAAAAAUGUAGUACUGCUUAUUUUAGGAGGUGUAGUUUGGGGAAACCUAUAAAGCACACCUCUAC